AUGGGCUGUGGCGCUAGCAAAGAAGACUUGGACGAGAAGCGGGCCAAUGACGAGAUCGACAACCAGCUGCGCAAGGAGCGCAUGAACCUGCGCAAUGAGGUGAAGAUGCUACUUUUGGGCGCUGGAGAGUCCGGAAAGAGCACCAUCAUUAAGCAGAUGAAGCUCAUCCACGACGGCGGAUACAGCCAUGAGGAGCGCGAGUCGUUCAAGGAGGUUAUUUUCUCCAACACAAUCCAGUCGAUGCGCGUCCUGCUAGAGGCGAUGGACUCGCUGCACAUUGGGCUGGAGCACCCUGAGUUACAGGGGUACGCGGACGUCAUCAUGCGGAUGCCCGGGCAGAUCGAGGCGGAAAGUCUACCAGCGGAUGUGGCCAGCGCAGUCAAGGCGCUGUGGUCGGACGGCGGAGUGCGCGAAUGCUUUGGGCGCUCGAACGAGUUCCAGCUCAAUGACUCUGCGUCAUACUACUUUGACUCUAUUCUGCGCAUCUGCCAGGACGGCUACCAGCCGACAGACCAGGAUGUGCUGCGCUCGCGUGUCAAGACCACAGGUAUCAACGAGACCAUCUUCCGGGUGGGCGAGCUGACAUACCGCAUGCUGGACGUGGGUGGACAGCGGUCGGAGCGCAAGAAGUGGAUCCACUGCUUCGAGAACGUCACGGCAAUUCUGUUCCUCGUGGCAAUCUCCGAGUACGACCAGGUGCUCAUCGAGGACGACACGGUCAACCGCAUGCAGGAGGCGCUGACCCUGUUUGACUCGAUCUGCAACUCGCGGUGGUUCGUCAAGACGUCCAUUAUUCUGUUCCUCAACAAGAUGGACAUUUUCCGCGAGAAGCUACCGAGCUCGCCAAUGAAGAAGUACUUCCCAGACUUUGAUGGUGGUAAUGACACUGACGCAUCAUCCGAGUACAUCCUCAAGCGCUUUGUGUCGCUGAACCAGUCGGAUGCCAAGCAGAUCUACACACACUUUACGUGCGCGACAGACACGAACCAGAUAAAGUUUGUCAUGGCGGCGGUCAAUGAUAUUAUCAUUCAGACCAACCUGCGCGACUGCGGACUGCUGUGA